GCUAACUUCUCACGGAUAGUCCUACCCCUGAAAACCAAUCGUCAAAUUUUCAGUAUUUAAAGGAUCAGCAGCAGCAUCAACCUUAAUCUCUGCCACUAUGAUUCUAAGGGUCCUUGCUCUGCUGUUGGCAGUGUCUCCUGCCUUGGCUAACACUAAUACUCGGAACCUAUGGCAAUUCCGCAACAUGAUCAAGUGCACCAUUCCAACCUGUGAUCCUUACUUUGACUACAAUGACUACGGAUGUUACUGUGGAAUAGGAGGUAGUGGGAAUCCUGUGGAUGCACUGGACCGAUGCUGCCAAAGCCAUGACAACUGCUACUCCAACUCUAAAGGACCCUGUAAUGGCAUCCUUGACAGCCCAUACAUUGAGAUGUAUGACUACACUUGUUCUGGAACAUCUGUCACCUGCUCAUCUAAGAACAACGCCUGUGAAAAGUUUAUCUGCGAAUGCGACAGAAAUGCUGCCAUUUGCUUCUCGGGAGCUGGCUAUAAUUUAAAAUACAAGAACCUGGACAGGAGUACAAACUGCUAAUCCCACAGCCCUGACUGUGCUGACUUCAUUGAUGCUUUCAUACACAUCAUACACAGGACAUGACAUGGGACUGGGCUUGUGUAGUUUAUUGAACUAUAAUAAAGUAUCUUAAAGCUGUUUUAUGAUUGUAUUGGGAUGACUAGCUUCCUGUGCAGCCUAAUCAAAUAAAUCACAAUGUAUUAAUUGA